CGAUCAACAGGCUUUAAAUUUUGACAAAUGUCACUUAUUUUUUUGCAUUUUAACGUUAUUUUGCGUAUAUUUCGUUGUAUUAAGACUUUAAAGUAUUAAAUUAUGGCAGCGGCGAGGAUUGUGGAGCUCGAUGAUUCGAAUACAUGUAAAAUAUGUGAUAAUGCCCUGGCUAAAUAUUCGUGCCCCAAAUGCAAUAUUUUGUACUGUUCUGUGAGUUGCUACCAAAAUCAAACUCACUUGCAGUGUAGUGAAGAUUUCUAUAAAGAUAGUUUGUUAGGUGAUUUAAAUUUGAACAAAAAUGAUCCGGAAUCGAGGAAAAAAAUGAUGGAGAUCCUCGAAAGGGUGCACCAAAGCAACAAAAUAGCCUCGGAGGAUGAUUUUUUUGACUUUGAAGGUUUAGACGACUUGGAUAAGUUGGAUUCUGAUGAUGAUGAGGAUUUCGACGAUAUAACUGCCAGAUUACAAGGUGUUAAUUUAGAUGACGCUGAAACUGUUUGGGAAAAACUCACGGAGGAUGAAAAACAAGAAUUUGUGGCGUUUUUAAGGUCUGAAGAUGUGACAAAGUUGAUUCCGCCCUGGGAACCAUGGUGGUUACAUUCCAGUAAAAAAAUGGUUGAGGAAAUAAAUGAUGUGAAAAUAAUUGAACUUGAAGAGAAAUGUCCAAAAAUUAUCAACAUUAAGGAUUUUACUAGUAUAACCGCCAAAACUCCAGCAGACUGUGUAAAAUACAACUUGUACAAUAUUUUGUCGGCUUAUGUUUUUACAGUAAGAUAUUUUAAUGGGGAGCAUUUUAAUUUUGCUAAAGAAGCUAUAAGUUGCUGGUCGUAUUUAAGUCUUUGCGUCAAUACUAAAGAAAAUUUCCAAGAUUUUGACACUGCUGUUAAAUCUGUAGAGCAACAAUGUUUGACGAGUGACUGGAUAGUCACUGAUGAAGAAAACAUCAACAUAAUGAAAGAAGAUGUCAAAAACAUCUUUGAAGGGCCUAAUUUGACAACGCCGGGUUUUUACGUAUUGUCUGCGUUGUCAGAUUUAUACAAUUUAAUAGAAGCCGCUAUAAAUCCCAAGGAUAAUACCAAGGAAACCGAAUUUAGCAAAAAAUUCCCCAACGAUCAUUUUCCAAACGUCAAAAUCGAAAGUAACGAAAAAAUGGGGGUUUAUCUGAAAAAAAUCGAAUAUUUUUUGUCUUAUUCCAGAGAUAUACUGUAUAAAUAAAUAAUUUUGUUUA